CUGCGAGGUCCUCCUGCGCUCAGUGGACGCAUGAGAGCUGAGGGAAGUCGGAACGAGCUGAGUCCAAGUUAGUGUUGAAGUCAGUCUACCUCCCAAAGUGACCAUGAGAGUCCUCCUACUACUCUGCAUGCCAGUUCUGCUGCUCGCCCAGGCCCAGUACCAGGAACCGUUUCCUUUUCUGGAGGACUACGGGCCAGAUUAUUUUCAAGGGGGGCAAGAUCCUGAAAAUCAUGAUUCUCUUCCUAGAACCUACCAGCAGCAGGUUCGACUCGAGCCUGUGGUCCGUCCAGAAAAAUCAGGGUCCGAUUUGGAGACGGAGCCCACAGAGCCAGGUCCUCUCGACUGCAGAGAGGAGCAGUAUCCCUGCACCAGGCUCUACUCCGUUCACAAGCCAUGCAAGCAGUGCCUCAACAGCCUCUGCUUCUACAGUUUGCGACGGGUGUACGUCAUCAACAAGGAGGUUUGCGUGAGGACCGUGUGUGCACAUGAAGAGCUGCUCAGAGCCGACCUGUGUCGCGAUCAGUUCUCUCGCUGUGGCGUGGCAGCACUGAGUGGACAGUGUGCAUUACUAGGAGGAAGCUGUGGAAAGAGCUGCGGUGGCUGCUGAUUGAGCACUGAGAUCAGGGACACUACCUGCCCAGAUACUGCCGCUUUUUCUACAACUUGUCCAUAUCCUCUUACUUUAUCCUCCCCCUCCUCCUCCGUUUCUCCUCCUCACAUCUCCUUCUGACUGUUCUGUAAAACUCAUUACUCUUGUGCGAAAAGUACUUCUGCGUUUGAAAAUUUUUACUCUAUUUCUCUUUACCUUUAUUUUUCAACAUGUAUGUCAGCCCAGUAGCUUGUGUGUGUAUGGUUUAAUAUAAUCCAAAGAACAUUGAUGAUUGUAUAAAUCACUGGUGCUAUAAAAUCAUCACACUGGUGCUAUAAAAACUUAACUUUUAGAGAUGCACAUAAAACCGCAGAACAUCUUUUAUCUAUUUUUUUUUUUUUUUUGGCAUAUUGUAUCAUAUUAAUCUCAUGCUUUGUGUUUGUUGAUAUGUUACUGUACUUGUGUUGAGAAGCAGUCAUUGUCAUGAUGAUCAACUCAUCAAUGGUGGCCACUGUGCACUGACAUCAGACAAAACUAAUCAGUAUCCAGCCGUCAGCAGUCUCGUCGUUGAAGAUCAUGAGAUGUGUGAAGAAACAGGUGGUGAGUGACCUCAGUUUUUGUACUAAUGCCACCUGGAUCUGUGCUUAGCAACCAAGCAGCAAGCUUAUAUAAAUACAUUCCAGUGGCAACAAGUGCUCUGAAAAGCCAUCUCCCAAACGGCCUCUAUACUACUGCUUUGUAAAACUGUCACUAUAAAGACUGAGAAAAAAAAUAAACUUUUUUUUUUUUUUACUACA